AGUAUGUGUGUUUGAUACGAAGAUGACGAAGAUGAUGGUGCUUGUGUGCGCGGCGAUUAUUGGCUGUUGGAGAUGCGCUCUGAGCAACAGAUACUGUCCUGAUUUAAUGAUUGACAGCUGUCACUGUACCGCCGAGAGGUCAAAGGAGUUUAAUAGACAGACCGUCCGCGUCAAAGUCAUUUGUGACGACGCGGACCUGACGGAGACCAUGCCGCCCAGCUCUUUACCCAACAACACGGUGUCACUACUCCUGAGCAACAAUAAGAUCUCAGUAGUGAGAAAUAACUCCUUCAUCGGACUGGGAUCUCUGGAGAGAUUAGAUCUCAGAGGGAAUCUCAUCAGCAGAAUUUCUCCCGGUGCAUUUAAUGGUCUGACAGCUCUGAAGAGAUUGGAUCUCUCCAACAACAGGAUUGGUUGUUUCUCUCCUGAUAUGUUUCUCAACCUUGGCCGCCUUUCAAAACUUUAUUUGUCUGGGAAUAUUUUUUCCACACUGCCGGAGGGUCUGUUCACACAUUUGCCAUCCCUGAGAAUUCUACACUUCAGCACAGAUUAUCUGUUCUGUGACUGUCAGCUGCAGUGGUUGUUGGAGUGGAUCAGAGCUCAUUCACUACGUGUAGGAAAUGAAAGCGUAUGUGUGUAUCCCACCCGUCUUCAUGGUCUUGAAUUCAGCUAUCUUCACGAACAUCAGCUAAGCUGUGACGGACCUCUGGAGCUCCCUGUCCUCCAGCUGAUCCCGAGUCAGAGGCAGCUGGUGUUUCACGGUGAUCGUUUGCCUUUGCAGUGCACAGCCUCUUAUCUCCAUCCUUCAGUCAAACUCACAUGGGUCCAUGAGCAGCGGCCCGUGCACACGCUGGAGGAGAGAAGUGUGCACGUGGAGGAAAGCAUCAUUCAUGACUGUUGCCUCAUUACCAGUGAGCUCAUUUUAUCCAACAUUGAUGUCAGUGUUUCCGGUAAUUGGCAGUGUCAUGUGACCAGUUCCCGUGGCAACAGCUCAAUCGGCAUGGAGAUCGUGGUUCUGGAGACGUCUGCGGUGUACUGUUCGGCUGAGAGGAUCAGCACUAAUAAAGGUGACUUCAGGUGGCCGAAGACUUUAGCUGGAAUCAUGGCUUUCCUACCCUGUACGGUUCCCAGCUUUAGCGCCGCCUCUCAGGAGAAGAGGGCGUGGCGUAGGUGUGACAGAACAGGCCAUUGGACAGAGGACGAUUACAACCAGUGUUCCUAUACAAGCGAGCUUACUCGCAGUCUGCACAAAUUCACACAGAUACCAGUAAAUAUUUCUACUGCUCUGGCUUUAGCGCAGCAGAUCUCCUUUUUCACCAGCAGGGCGGCACACUUCGGAGACAUGAUGGAUGUCAUAUUUGUUACACACCUUGUAGAAAGACUCACACGUUUGGUUGAUAAUAUCAAAGAGUUGAGUGAUCACGUGUUCGACAUUGCGAGUAACAUGAUGCAGGUGGAUGAACACAUUCUCUGGAUGGCACAGAACGAAGCUCGCGCCUGUACUCGUAUCGUCCAGUGUGUGGAGCGAAUCGCGGAUGUCGUGCUUAACACAAACACAUCCAUGUUAUCAAAGAUCUCUCCUAACAUUGCUCUAGAGGCUUUUAGGAUCCAACCAUCUGGUGUCAUGGGUUUAUUGUGUACUGUGGUGCAGCGUUUGCGUCUAGCGCCCCCUAUGUCCGACAGUAAGGGUGUUGAUGAUACCGGGUCCGAGCAGAACACCCUGUUAAACAUCAGAUGUCACACUGUCAAUGUUUCGGGGUCACACAUCAACCAGCUCAGCCAGGACACGGUGCCCAUAGCCUCCAUACAUUUGCCGCUGUCUGUAGAUAACGGCACCUGCACUCUGCAGCUCAUCGUCUUCCGCAAUGGGAAACUCUUUCCUCGCACCGGGAAUUCGUCAAAUCUUGCGGAUGAUGGGAAGCGCAGAAGCGUUUCGACACCAGUUGCGUUCACCAAAUUAGAUGGGUGUAGCCCCGUGCAGCCCGUGACAGUCUCUCUUCGACACUGGUCUUUGGGUGUAGACCCCACCGCAGCAUACUGGGAUUUUGAGCUGCUCGAUGGACACGGCGGCUGGAGGGCGGAUGGGUGCCACAUAACAGGCUCCGGACACAACGCGACCACCAUCAGCUGCGCGCAGGGCCACAGCAACCUCGCCGUGCUCAUGGAUCUGAAGAAGGUCUUGUCCUUCCCUCCUUACCCUGGAGACUUUCUGCACCCGGUGGUGUACGCCUGUACGGCCGUUAUGCUUCUGUGUCUGUUCGCCUCCAUCAUCACCUACAUAGUGCACCACAGCACAAUCCGAAUCAGUCGGAAAGGAUGGCACAUCCUCCUGAACUUCUGUUUCCACACGGCUCUCACAUUCGCCGUGUUUGCUGGAGGCAUUAACCGAAUCAAGUAUCCAAUCAUCUGUCAGGCUGUGGGUGUGGUGCUGCAUUUCUCCUCUCUAUCCACUAUACUCUGGUUGGGUGUGACUGCACGAAACAUCUACAAACAGGUGACAAGGAAAGCACAGCAAGCACAAGAUGGAGAUCUUCCUCCAUCUCAACCUGCCAAAUCUCCCAUGCUGAGGUUUUAUUUAGUCAGUGAAGGAGUUCCCAUCAUUAUCUGUGGUAUCACGGCAGCCAUCAACACUGAGAACUAUGGCAGCGGUGAACAGACACCAUUUUGUUGGAUGGCAUGGGAACCCAGUUUAGGUGCGUUUUACGCGCCCGUCGCCUUCAUCGUACUGGUGACCUGUAUUUAUUUCCUCUGUACCUUCAUUCAGCUGCGCAAACACCCUGAGAGGAAAUAUGAGCUGAAGACGGUUACAGAAGAGCAGCAGAGACUGGCAGACGUUACACACUGUCACCAUCAGGGGGAGCCAGAAGCUCCGGGAAGUGAUGGAGGACGCUGCCAUGAAGGCUGUCCUGGGCUCAUUAACCCUUGUCUGUUGGUAAAUGAGCACUCAUUUAAGGCCCAGCUGCGGACUGCUGCCUUCACGCUGUUUUUGUUCAUGGCGACAUGGACGUUCGGCGCCUUGGCCGUAUCGCAGGGUCAUUUUCUGGACAUGAUCUUUAGUUGCCUGUACGGGGCGUUUUCCGUCACACUCGGUUUAUUCAUCCUUAUCCACCACUGCGCCAAACGCGAUGACGUGUGGCACUGCUGGUGCUCGUGUUGCCCUGGUAGACGACCCAAAGCUUGCCAAGGUCACGGACACAUCCACGGGCGCCCCAAAGUCAAUGUUAACGGCGACACCCUAAGCCACUGCCAUCCAGAUUCACCUUGUCCAGGGAAAUCGAUACUAAGUCACUCGCAUUGCAGAGGCUCCGGUGGCCUUUGUAAGCGGAGCGGACAGAAUCACAUGACCUGCCUGUCGCCGGUUUCACCCUGCUGCACCGUUCUGCACACUCAGCAGCUCCUGGAGGACGAGGCGAGCCCUCGCGUGCUGCUUCACGCGGACCCAGAAGGUUACCGGCCCGCCGUGCACCUCCAUCGCUGCUUAAAGCCCUCCAGGACUAAGGCGAGACACCAGGGCUGCCACCGGGCCGGCGACAGGGAGUUAUCCUUCCACAUCACUUCGUCUAGCGCAGAUGGAGGUAGCGCCCACAGCUCACGCACCAACAGCCCGCACAGCCUGCAUGAGCGCCAGGGCCACGUCUGCCAUCUGGCGCACGAAGGGCACCACCUUUGCCACCACGAGGCUCCAGUUUGCCACGCAGCGCUAUGCCAUCAGCACGUGUGCUGCGCCAAGGACGAGCUUCUGGGUCCGGCCCUUUGCCAGCCAGAGGCGGGCGAGACUGGCACUUUCCUUUGCAGCUGUGGGAAGAUAGCAGAGGAUGAAUUAAUGGCACCGCAUCACGCUCCCAUUGAGCUGCAUCCUCGCAGACAAUCCAUCAAUCUGCGCAAUCAGAACGGAAUUCUGAAAGGAAGCGUGAAUGAGGGUCUGAUUUAUCCUGCUGAUACAACAGGGAAUAUACGCACCGGACCUUGGAGAAAUGAAACUACUGUGUAGUUUAAGUGCAAUGAACUUAACUUCCAACACUAGGAAUUAAAAAAGGAACUUGUUGUACCGUCACAAGUUUUAUGAACUCUUUUCAGCAUUCAUCAUUGUACAGGAUGUUGGCAUCGAUUCCUUAAAUCUUACAAAUGAAACACAAGCAUCAGAUUUGGAGCACACAUUGACUGGCCGUGUACACACUGCUGCUUAAUACGAUUGCCACAUCUCUACAUUACAUUUCCAUUCAUGCAUUUGGCAGAUGCUUUAAUCCAUGAAUCAAUUUAAACAUUUUAAUCAAUAUGUGAGUUCCUUGGGUUCAAACCCAUGACCUUUUGCAAUGCUCUACCAUUGAGCUAUACAGGAACAGUUUGCUAAUAGUAUUGUUUUAGUGUUGUAGUGCCUGAUUCACUUAUGUAAUUAUUAAAUCCAUGUUUGAUGGUUAUAGAUGGUGAAACAUUGCUUGGGAGUGACUCCUGUAUGCUGCACACGCACGCACACACACACACACACACACACACACACACACAAUGACCGUUUUGGAGAUUUAAUCCUAUGUUUAAAUUCAGUUGUCACUCCCAGUACAUCAGUGUAUACACGGCCAGCGUGUUUGUACCGAGCAGGUACGAGUAUCAUUACAGGUAACAAACAUUGCUGUAGUGUGUGUUUGUGCAUAAGAAUAUCGUAUGUCUGAGUUUAUGCAAUCGCAAUCAAGUUUAUGUGAAGAAAGUAUUUCAAAGGAUUUGCCAUAUUUAUUUUUAUAGGCGUAUUUGACAGUCACACAAAUGUCCAAAUUAUUUGUAAGUACUGGGGGGAAAACACAAAAAGUACAUUUAGAAAAGUCACCAGCAACCUAAACAUUCGUGGUUCAUUAGCUGAACAUGCUUGAUAUAUACUGUGAAUACCAACUAGUUAAAACUUAGUAAUACACAAAAAAGGCCUGCUUCUGUCUGACCUCUGUUCAGCUGUUAAAACGUGUAAUGUAAACAAACAUACAAAACUCUGUUCCAAAACCUAGCCAGCUGCAUAGAAAACAUUUUUGUUCACUCUUUUUGUGAAAGAUGGAAAGAAAAAUUCUGUUGACUCAAAGUCAUAGGCAGAGUUUUGGGGGGGAGUCAAUUAUGAUUUUGUCUGAGCUAUUAAUGAAAUAGAAAUAUGAGAAUUCAUAUUUUAUUUGUCUUAUCUUAAUAUUUUAAUAGGUAGAUUGAGGAACUUGACUCUAAAUUGGUUUGAUUCAUUUUAAAAUCCAUGAAGCCGCACUCUCUCACUAAUCUCAAAGUAUUGCAGUACCCUUGUUUGCAGAUAGGUGCCCCCCAAGCACAAAGGCAAAACUCCGCCUAUGAUCAAAGUUAUUCAUUUUGGAAAAAAGUGAAGUGGUGGACACAAUAAAAGAAAUGUUUAUCAUAAUUAUUUAUUUUUAUUUAGUAAUGUGAUCUGUAAAUCAGUAAUAUGUCAUUAGAAAAUGAUUUAUAUAUUGAAAAUGCACUUUUAUUCAGUAUUUGUGUGUGCUGUUUUUACAGCCUUUUUAGCCACAUCAUACAAAUUACAAAAACGUCCAUUGUAAAAAAAAGAUUUGUUGGUUCAACUUAAAAAGUAAGCAGUAGAGGCGUCAAGCGCGAGUGAUUUCAAUGUUAAGUCAAUGUGAAGACACAUUGACGCGAUUCUGGAGGUCUCGUGGCGCAAAUGAGGCAUUUAGCGCAGUGUGGUAGACGCGUUUCCGGCUCAUUCACGCGAAUGGCGCGAAUUGAGCAUUGCCGCGGGAAACGUGCAAGUUGAAAAAUUUGAACUUUGGCGGAAAAAACGCGCUGCAUUAACCAAUCUGGGGCUACUCUAGUAGUGACAUGAUUACAGAAAGCAAGCGGAGUCGCAGAAGCCCCUCCCAUGACGCGAAUUUCCACGUGAAUGUCUUGAUGACUAGAAUUUCACUCGCGAAGUGAGUAAACUCAAAAUGUUCAAGCGACAAACUAGACCCGAAUUUGACACCUCGAACGCGGCUGGUGUGAACCCACAGUUAAAGUUCAGAAUAAAUUCAAUCUAAAAAAAUAUUAGUUAAAGGGGACAUAUCAUGAAAAUCUGACUUUCCAAGUGCUAAAAUUGGGUCCCCAGUGCUUCUAUCAACCUAGAAAAUAUGAAAAAGAUCAACCCAGUAACUUAGUUUUGGUAAAACAUUCUAUGCAAGCAUGUGAAAAAAUAGGUCAUUGGAAUUUGGCUCCCUUUGUGAUGUCAUAAGGGGAUAAUACGGCCCCUUAAUCUGCAAUAUCCAACCCCAGCAGCUCAUUUGCAUUUAUAGGGACACACCCAAAAACUGCACAGUAUUGCUCACACAAAGUGCUGUGAUAAAUUAUGUAUAUGGUAUUUUGAAUUAAAACUUCACAUUUGUAAUCUGGUCUUGUGAAAUGUCCUCUUUAACUAAAAAAAAUGUGUAAAACAUUGUGUCAGUUAAUAUUUUUAGGUUGAAUUAACUCAAAAUUUAAAGGCAGCCACGUAACUUACUUUUUUAACUUGAACCAACAAAUCUUUUUUACAGUGUAAAAAUGUGGUUGUAUGAAUUAGUACAAAUUAGCCACCUCGUAAAAUAUUUACAAAUUGACGUAAGAUUGCAUUGUUUUUAGCACAAUGCUGAUGUCAAACAUUACAGGAAUUGGCUGUGAUUCAUAUAUUCUGUGUUUUUCGCAUGUAGAAGGCUUUUCAUGUGUCAUUGAGGGUCGCUGAGGGUUUCAGUUUUAGUGUUUUAGAUUUAGGAGAUGUGGAUUUGUUGAGUCAGUAGACAGCGAGGCAGCUCAGUAGAUUUUGGAACAGAGCAACAGCCUCUCUAUAGUUGUUCUGUUACAGAUCUGUGCCAAUUCUUUGCUGUUACUACGGUAAAUUACUGUUCUGUCAUCACAGAGAUGUUUGUACAAGAACAUAAUUUUUGUGUCAACUGGUACUAGCAGGAUAGAGAACAGUCGUUUGAUUAUGAUUCAUUGGUGAACAGCUGUAGUAAAGGCAGGUAUGUUUAAUGUCACACACUGCUAAAGAAAAACUAGUUAUGUGCACUAGUAAACUAGUCAUGGCUGAAUAAAACAACUGAGUGUAAUCUAAUAUAUUGAUCUGAAGUCAAAUGGUUAUAUUAUAAACUGUCAUGGAGCUAUUGUUGUCUGUGUCACUUCGUGUUUUAAAGAGCGAUUACUGGAGUGAACCAAAUGUCUUUGUCAUAUUUUACCCCAAAAUGAAAAAGAAACUUGGAAAUAUCUUUUGCAUAAUUAGAGGUUCAUUGAUUUGACAUUAUUUUCACAACAUUUGAACACAUCUUUUAUAACAGAGUAAUGUUAAUGCUAACAGGUAGCCUAUUUAAAUUGUGCAGUUUUUUUUAUAAAAAUCGCACCACGUUAUAUUUUUGUAAAUAUGGCCAUGGAAAUGUAAUGGUCUUAAAGAGAAUAGCAAUGAUAUUUUGGUCAAAUAUAUGUAUAUCGUUUUUUUAUUUUGGGGUUAAAUGUGACAAGAGCAUGUGUUAUUGACCAUUUUCUUUGUUAACAUUAUCAGUAUAUCUUUCAAAGAAUAGAUGUAAAAGAUUUCUUUCGUGAAAGCAAGAGUUUGUCACAGUUGGACAGAGAAGCAGAAAUUAGGUUUAUUUUAUGAUGAUUUUCAUUUAAAAUGUCACUCUCAGAUUUGAUGUCUUGGUUUUGCUAUUGAUUCCACAAUGAGUACCCAUCAGUUGUUUUUAGGCUCAUGUGUUCCCAUGCACCACAGAUUGAGAUUAUUAAUAAUGUAUGAUGAUAUUUAAAUGAAGUGAUAAUGAAGAUGUUGGAUAUGAAACAUUUUUAUGAAGGAGGAGAAAAAUUCUCCAGCUGGUUUAUUGCUCAGUAUCUGAGUUGUUUUAUUUGUAAGUGUGUUUGGUUUAAUGCAUUUUGGUAUCUUUGGAAUUACACUGUGAGAUUUGUUGGAGGAUGAAUUAAGAAA